ACUUCACCUCAUGCGUGCCGCAGGUUCCUCCGGAGGACCUUAAUGCUCGAACCCCCCUGGUGUGAUCAUCCUUUCUCCCCUCAUCAUUUUCGUGAACGAGUCAGUGAGGGGCAAAGAGGAGCAGGGAAGGUCAAACAUGCUGAGAAUGGAGAAUGGGAUGGAGGCCGUGGCUAGCCAUUACUCCCGACUUCUUGUACCCUGCGCCUCUGUACCUUGACACAGAUUGACUCUUCUGCCAUCAUUCCAUACCCGCUUGGUCUUCACAGCACUUGCCGAAAUGUCUGGUCUUCACGCAGUACAAACCGGCUCCGGCCGCCUGGCUGGUAAAGUGGCCAUCGUGACAGGCGCCGCCUCAGGCUUCGGCCUUGCCUGCACGAAGAAAUUCGUCGAAGAGGGCGCGAAGGUCGUCGCCGCCGACAUGAACGCCGAGGGCUUGCAAAAGGCUUUCUCCUCCAACUCGCAGUACGACCAGCACGUGCACACUCUGACGGCCAACGUCACCGUGCAAGGGGACUGGGAGAAGAUGGUUGACGCCGCGGUGAGCAAGUUCGGCGGACUGGACAUCCUCGUCAACAACGCAGGCACGAGUUACAAGAACAAGCCCACGCUCGAGGUCACCGAGGCCGAAUUCGACAAGGUCAUGAGCGUCAAUGUCAAGAGUAUCUUUCUGAGUGUACCGGCCGCGAUCCCCGCGAUGAAACAGCGAGGUGGUGGGAGUAUCAUCAAUAUCGCAUCCAUUGGCGCGAUGAGGCCUCGUCCGGGCCUGGUCUGGUAUAAUGCUAGCAAGGCGGCCGUGGCAAAUGCAACGAAAGGUCUCGCCGCCGAGUUCGGCAAGGACCAGAUCCGCGUUAACGCAUUGUGCCCUUUGCUCUCCGGGACCGGCCUGUUCGAGCAGUUCGUCGGCGUGCCUUACAACGAGGAGAACAUGAAGAAGUUCUUGUUCAACGUGCCGCUGGGGAGACUGACAGAUCCGGGCGAUGUUGCGAACAUGUGUGCAUUCCUGGGGAGUGACGAGGGUAAAUUCAUCACCGGUGUGAAUCUGGAGGUCGAUGGUGGAAGGGCUGUUGGUGCGUAGAUGGAGCACCAUCAUUGGUUGCGUGCAAUAUGAGAGGGAAAUUUGCGUACGAAGGAGAGACGGAGACGGAGCCCGCUGGUCAGGAGAAUCAAGUCUGUGUCGUAUCGAGAACGGCUUUUCGUCCCUCAAUAUUCGCUUCCUCACGUUGAUGUACAGACAGGGGAAACCGAAAAGAAUGCAAGAUGGACUUUGACGUGUUUUGAUUCUGGGAGUGGUCGCUCAGUAUGUGAAGACAAUGCCCUGUGUGCCUCUUUGAGGCAACGCUUUCUACCCAAGCGCUUCGCUAUGCCAGGUUCGAACAAGGAAACAAUUUUGAUUUUUUUGGGCAG